GUUGUGUAUACUAUACUUGGAUGUUUAGGACAUCAGUCGAUUUGAAAUUCUUGUGGGGACAAAGGACUCCCGAACUCAGGUCAAGAAGCACUGCCGUUCUUAGAUAGUAUUCUUCACGCCGCCUUGAAUCUACUCAUUCGACUCCACCGCUCCAGUUCUACUCCUGCGUGGUAAACAAGGAGAGGCGUGUACGGAGCAGCCGUGGUGACCCGAGGCGAGUAAGAAAAGACUCGUGGAGUCGGCUGACAUUUGCAUCCACGCGGGACGCGAGUUUUCGUCGCAACGGUGAUCGCAGCGAGAGGGAGGAAAUAGGAAACGGCGCUCGGUGAAGAUGACUUGUGACGCUCGUCUGCUCAGUAACGAGCUUAAUCCCGUGGUGUUUCUCGACAUCGCGGUCGGCCCCGAGAAAGUGGGAAGAGUCAUCAUAGAGCUGUUCAACGACCACGUGCCGCGAACCGCGGAGAACUUCCGCGCGCUGUGCACCGGCGAGAAGGGCGAAGGAACGAGGGCGGCAAAGCUACAUUACAAGGGCAGCUUCUUCCACAAUGCCAUUUCGCAGCUCAUGGUCCUGGGUGGUGACAUUGUCAAAUUCGACGGCAGUGCUGGAGAGAGUAUUUACGGCCCUCACUUCGAGGACGAGAACUUUUUAUUGAAACACGACUCCCCUGGAAUACUCAGCAUGGAGAAGCCCGAGGCAAAGCCGAAUACCAACAGUUCCCAAUUUAUUAUCACCACUAAACCGGCGAAGCAUUUAGAUUGCAUCAACGUAGUAUUUGGAAAGGUCAUAAAAGGCUUGGGCGUGGUGAAAGAGAUCAGUAAAGAGCCGGAAAUUUUGGUUCAAAAAAUAUGUAUAAUUGAUUGUGGAGAAUUGAAAAAGGGCGAGAGUUGGGGACUGGAGGAGGAGGACGGGACUAAGGACAUUUAUACGCCGUGGCCAGAAGAUCUGGAUUAUUAUUGCUACUUCGACAAGCUUACUCACGCGAACCUGGAGACAGUAAUAGAACAUAUAAAAGAAUCAGGAAACCAUUAUUUCAGACAGAAGAACUUUGCGGACGCCGGUAGAAAGUAUAAGAAAGCAUUGCGAUAUUAUUCCUGGAUGCGCAAACAAGAUAUGCUAGAUACAUUUUAUACCUCCCUGACGAAUCUUAAGUUAGUUUUAUUACUUAAUUUAUCUGCUGUGCAUUUAGAGCAGAAUCAGAAUUCUAGCGCCCUAAAGCUCUGUAAUGACGUUCUGCUAAUGGAUGAGCUAAAUAUUAAAGCGCUAUAUCGAAGAGGACAAGCUUUUUUGUCUAUGAGGAAAUACAAAUUAGCAUUACAAGAUUUCUCCGAGCUGCUCGAGAUGAGUCCUAGUAAGGAAGUCCUAAUGGAAAUGAGAAAAAUAGUAAGACUCGCCCUCCCCUUGUCUGUGAUGGAUGUAGAUUAAACAAUUAAUUUACCAUUUUGUAGACUUUCGAAAAUUACUAGAAGAUUGAUCAGAAAAUGUGUGCCUCGUUCUUCUCGUUAAUACAGGAAUUAUAUGAAAAAGAAACAAGUGUUUUUUAACGAAUUACUUUACCUUUUACUUUUAAGUAAAGCAAUGACUAAUUUCAGUAAAUCAAUAUUCAGUGUGUCAUAUAAUAGUGUAUAACGUGUCAUAGUACUCGUUAUUAAUGACUUUACGAAGAUUUUAAUUAUAUCAGAAUUUAGGAUGUAUCAUUUUAAAUAUACUUUUAUCGUAAGCGCAAUAAAAUGACCACAAUAAAAAUCGUAAAUGUUUAAUAUUCAAGCAAUGUGUAUGUUGCGUAUAUAUUUUUUCAAUACUUAGAUAAAUUAAAAUGCAAAUGUAAAUAACAUUAACGCACAAUCGUAAGAAAGAAUAUGCUAUUUUGUCUAUAAUUCAUAAAUUAGGGAAUGUGAAAUAAAUACAAUAUUACAAU